UAAAGACACAUAAAAAACACAACUCGCUGAAGUAGAAUAAGAAAAAAAUUAUUAUAUUUUCGGCGCUUUAGUAACUAACUGUAGUAUCAUACCAAUUUGCAGUUUAGUAAAGUGCUUGAGUGCUAAGUGUAUAGUGUAAAAGUGUUUUACUUCGCACGCGAAAAAGAAACGAACGUCACGACAACGAAAUAAUAGAAAACGUAGAGCUUAGAAUCUUAAAAACCUCUUUGCAAAAAAUCGAAUAAAGUUCUGCGAGGUCCACGUAUCGGGAUUAGAAUAUAAAAACGCAGUGAUGGCGAGUGUUCAACGAAAAUUAGUGCACAAGCAAUUUAAUUCCCCAAUUGGGCUCUACUCAGACAACAAUGUGAAAGCUACACUUAAUCGUGAAUUAAAAGUUCUCUCCAAUGGAACAAUGGGAAUUGAUUUUGAUGAUAUCUCGAAACCAGCAAAUUUGGCCAACUCUGCGGUACUGAGAAUGUUGGAGGAGGAAGAAAAUCAGAAAAGACACGGUCGUCAACCGGGUGGUUUAAAACGAGUUGCUUGGCCACCUGAACCAGAGUACCAAUCACCAUCAGGAGUUGCGCCACAACCCCAGCAAUCACCUGCUCAGGGUAACACAUACCAUCAAUCAUCUCAAAAUCAAUAUCCCAGCCAAUACAAUAAUAACGCACGCCAACCAUCACACGACAAUUCCGCUGUAGAACAGCGAUCCCCCUAUCGACAAGAACAAACCAAUUACCCUCAACCAGUUUAUCAACAACAACACACCCAAUCCUAUCCAACUCAACCAUCCCAACCGCAGCAAACCUAUAACUAUUAUCAAUCGGCUCCCGUUGAUAAUCACCCUCAACCAAUCUAUCAACGCCAGCAUUCGCAAUCUCAAGCGCGUCAAAUUCGUGCAACGCCCGGUCGCGCAUUUCCCAAUCCCGAUCCAUGCUUUAUGAAAAUAAACAAACCAGCGUACUUACAACCGACUCAGCCGAUUCGUGCUGUUUCGCCCAGUACGACAGCCUUUGCUGGCGGUGUAGCGGUUAACGCUCCGCAACAAUCACAAUACCCAGCUCCUGGUUAUGCGAAUGGUGGUGCGUCACCACAAUAUCAAUCGCAACCGUCUCCGAAUUAUCAACAACAAUCAUCUCCAAGCCAAUAUCAACAACAACAACCUCAAUCCUCUCCGCAAUAUCAACCAUCUCCUCAAUAUCAAUCUAACUCAAGCCUACCAUUGUCCCCCGAUCCUAAUCGCUCUUUACCCGGUUGGUCGCCUGUUCGCAAGCCUGUACAAGUCAAUACAGGUUACACACUAAACAAUCAGCGUCCGUCUGCUGAACCGUAUAGUGGACAAUCAUACGCUGGAAAUCAGAACCAGUAUCAACAACAGACAUCUCCGUCUUACCAACCAUCGGCGAACUACGACCAAUACCAACCACAACAGGCACCGCAACAACAGCAACCACAAUACCAACCUCAGCAGCAACAAUACCAAUCAACCCCUUCGAACGAACAUCAAUAUCAAGCACAACAACCGUACUAUCGCCAACCAAGUCCGGGUGUUAUAACUUUACGUAAAGAGGCUCCAUUCAAUCAAGAACCAGCUCCUGUCUUCACCAGUUCACCUUCUGCCGCAAGCUUUGGAGGAGGCACAAACAUGCGUGGAGAUCAAAAGUGGCCACCACAGGAAUAUAAACUUCAAUCGGAAAUCGAUAAUGAAGCUCGCCGUCGCUUGGCACAAGGGCCCGUAUUGCGACCAAGACGAGUUCAAAAAGAUAAGGAUAUAAAGGCAUUUUUCGAUCAACACGCAAUUCAUAAUCAGUACCGCUAUUACAAUGUACCUCCAGGCACACAAGCAAAGUUAAAUUAUUUCUAGUCGGACAACAAAACUAAUUCUAUUUUGGACUAUUCGCAAUUUUUCAAUCAACAUGCGCUGAAUUCAACAUACCCUGCGUACAGGGCGCCUCCUGGCACUCAACAUUAUCCGGCGCAUUAAAUAAAUUCUACUUUCAAGCAAAAAAUGAAAUGCAAAAAAAAUUAUUUAUUCACAUCGAAUCCUAACUGUAAUAACGUUGUACCAUUUUUAGAUUAAACUUGAAUUUCCCGUAAAAUGAAUUUUAAAACCUUCAAAUACAAUAAAAUAUCUAAAUAAAAAAAAUGGAAUUUUUUGCGCCUGGUAUUUUGAUUUUUUCCCUUUUUGAAUUUUGAGGUUCCGAAAGUUAUUUUUGUUUGAUUUUGAUAUAAAACGAAAUUAUGAAAAAGAAAAUUAUUUUGAUUAAAAUUUUUGUUUUGUUUUUUGUUGGACAAUGUACUGAUGAUCCUAUUGGUCUCUACAUAAUAGGCAUCAGUUAGUCCCUUACGUUGCAAAUUGCAUGUCGAAUUUUUUAUACCAAAAAAUGCUUUUUGUGUGAUUUAUUUUGAUUUUUGAGUUUUUAUAUUUUCCUUUUCUUUCGAAAUAUGUUUCAAGAAAGAGAGAGAAAGAACGAUAUUAGAGAUAAAAAUGGAAGAUUUUUUUUUAAUCUCAUAUUUUUUACAUCGAAACGAUCUAUGAUAAAAUGAAUAUAAAUUUACCAAAUAAUUAUGUUAUGCAAUGUUUUUAAAACAGGGAAUUGUUAUAAAAUUAAUGUAAGUACUCAAAACAAAUUAAUGGAAAACAAAAGCCUAGCGUUCAAUUUAAAAAACCCAUCAACAGUUCGAUCGAAAUAACAACCAACAACAACGACCAACAAAUAGGAGGCAAAAUAAAAUGUUUUCGGUAUCCAAGUAUCGAAAGCGUUAUAUAUACAUAUUUAAUGUUAAAUUACACGAUUUACAUAUAAUAUUUAAAUCUCCUGCCCACCACCCCCAUCAACUUACGUAACAUUGAUAAAUACCACGCAUUAAUGCAUUUUAUAAUGGUAAUGUGUCAAUUUUAUAUUUUAUUUAUUGAGGAUGCUGUAACAUAUAAAAUAUAUACAUUUUUGACCAUUGUUAAGCAUUAAUUUGACGCUGUUGUUUUUUAAAUUGUACGUUAUGUUUUUUAAUUAUUUAGUUUUAAACAAAAUAUAUUUAUUUUUAUCAGAUUAAUGAAAGAGAAAAAGCUACACUAUCUAUUUACACUCGAUAUUGGAAAUAUUGAAAAUAUUAUUUUUGUGACUAAUUUAUUUAUUUAAAAUUUUAAAAAUAUUUUUCUGACAACGUUUACAUUGUCUUAAAAUCAAAGCAAAAAAAAAUUAAUGGAAACGUUGACAAUAUGCUACGGUAAUUGUAACCUUUAAACAUAUAUUUUAAUUACAAAAAAAAUAAUAAUUAUAUGCCCAUUUGCCAUUAAAAAAACAUAUUUUUUUGUUAAUUUUAUAUUGACAAUUUUUAGCUGUGUAAUGGAAAUGAAAAUUUGGCUAAAGAAAAACUGAAAAAUUUGGUAAAACAAUCCGCGUUUAUGCUAAUCGACUAAAAAAAAAGAAAUGAAUUCAUCAAAAGUUCUAUAAAGUCCAUUCUUUUGAUAUAAUCUUCGUUUCGCUUUCUUUCAAAUAGAUUUACAAAAUUUCAUUUUGUGUAAAUAUCUUAUACCUUAAUUAUCAACAUUAUUAUUUCGUUGAAUAAAGAUUGUGAGCUGAGCAUAUAAAA